AUGGACAACAAUUUGGCCCUUGAGGGCCAGCCGCCGAGCACAAGCACCAUACGCCGGUCCUACCAGAGCUCUGGCUAUGGCGGCAAUGUCAAUGACUACUCGGGUGGACAAUCCUACGGAGGACAGAGUGGGCAGCAACAGCAGUAUGGAGGACAGCAGCAGCAAAUGGGCGGAACCAUUGGCCGCCAGUUUGAUCCAAUGUUUCCCCCGGGAGGAGGAGGUGGCGGCGGUUACUCUGGGAUGAGCGGCUUUGGAAUGGGCGCCUCCGGGUACUACCCGAGCGGCUUCGGCCUGGAGAACCGCUUCCUCUCGCUCUUUCCCCGCCGGUCUUCCUUCUACCAACCGUACUACCCCUAUGGACCGUUUGGAGCUGGUGGCUCACUCUUUCCCGGCGCUGGAGGAGGUCCCUUUGGAGGUGGUGGUGGACUGUUUGGAACCGGUGGAGGUGGCGGUCAAUACGGAGGCGGUGGCUAUCCAGGAAUGGGAAUGGGCAUGGGAGGAGGAGGCGGGGGCCUAGGCAACGCCUUUGGUGCCCUAGGUCGCCUGGCGCAGGCCUCUUCGCUGCUCACCGGCGGACUGCAGAGCUACCGAGAGCGACUUCAGCCCGGUUCGAUGCUGGGCUCGAUGACCUCGGCGGCGGCUGCGGCUCAAUCAGCCCCGCCGCUGAUGCAUCACUACAGCGGCGAAAUGGAAGGAACGUCCUGA